UAUUCUUCUGUUCAGAUCUCUUAGUCUUUCUCUUCCCCCACAUAAUUCAGCCACUCGCUCUUCCUUCUUCAUGGCUAUGUGUGUUCUUAUUUAUAAAAUUAUGGAAGAAGACACAAGACCUUACCAACCGUUAACUGACAUCCGCUGCCUAACAGAACAUUCUUUAUGAUUUAUUAUUUACAAUUAAGGCAGUUUGUGGGGGAAAAAAUUAAACGAAAGUUACAAACUUUCUCUCUUUGGCCAACUUUCUUUUCAUACAUACAUACAUAUAUAUAGAUAUAUAUGUAUAUAGGUAUGUAUGUCACAUACGUAUACACUUCUUAUUUAGCCUAUUCUCUUUUCAUCUAUAUAUACACAUACUUUAUUUAGCUGUUUGUCUUUACAUAUAUGUGUGUAUAUAGUGCGCUCUGGCGCAUCUCUCUCUCUCUCUCUCUCUCUCUCUCUCUCUCUCUUUCGCUUAUUUUAAUUGUUAAUUUUUUUCUUGUAUGAGCUUUAGAAGUGUACUAAUUACUAAAAUUAACUUUAAUUAACCUCAACCACCCACCUCAUCUGCUCCAAAUAGCAGAAAACCAAGAACACCGCCACUAAUCAUCACCAUCAUUACAAGAGAUGGAAGUAUAAAACUUUUUUUUCAAAGUUCUGACAGCGAAACAAAAACUACGAAAUAUUAAAAUAAUUUUAAAACAAAAUGGGAUAUCUGGAUGAAAAAUGGAAUAUUCCUUAAGUGAAGUGUAUAUACAUAUGUAUACAUCUUUUCCUGGAGUUUUACAGUUCAAAAGUGUGUUAAAAUGAUGUACUGAAAAAAGUUUCCACAUACCAAAUCCACUCACAAGACUGUGGUCGGCCCAAGACUAUUGUAGAAAACACUUGCCAAGGUACCAAGCAGUGAGACUGAACCUGGAACCGUGUGGUUUAGAAAAUGUGUCCCUGAACGACCAGGUCAUUGAAUCCAUUAAAAGUAGACCACUGAGGUGUUGGUGGUCAAUGAGGUCUUUGACACAAGUUGUGACUUGAAAAAAAAAAAAAAAUCAAACAAACGAAUAACCCUUGCAGAACAUCCAAUCCACGCCCACCACCAGAGACAAUGAAUGUUAACUGCGAGGAGACACCAUUUGUUUAUGUUAACCAAGAUGACAUUAUCCACUUGACACAAGAAGUGAAGAAUUUCUCUGAUGCUUUGGCAAAGUUAAAGUGUGUCUUCACUGAUGGAACUGUUUGUGGUGAUGAGAUCAAAGUCGCUGCCCAUGAACAACUUGGGGAGGUUCUGUUUACACUACGGCAGGUACUAGAGAAGUAUUUUGCCCUUCAGUCAGAAGAUCUUUUUGAAACAGCUGGUAACCUCAUCAAUAAAAUAAAAAAUUACAAUUAUGAAAGCAGCAUUAGUUCUGGUGGCACUCAGAGUUUCUGUGACUGCAUUGAUAAACUGGCAUUGGCUUUUAGCAGCAGUGUAUCGGAGUAUCUGAUGGGAGACAGUGAACCCCUUUACACAGCUGAUAUUGCAAAAUCAAAGUCUUACGAGGUCAUUGCCAGUACUGUCAAUGUUCACACUCCAAUGGAUGAAACCAAGACAAUAAGUGUCAUGGGACCUGAUGAGGUGAAUGAAAUUUUACGGCAACACGACAGUGGCAUGGACGUAGCUUUACAGAGAGCCAAAGUUUGGUCAAAGUACCUCAAAGACAUAAUUUAUUACAUCGAUAAGAAGGCACAGUUGGAAACGGAUUUCUCCAAGAAUCUCAUACGUCUCGCUCAGACAACCAAAUCGACAAUUGUUGAAGAUGCGCUCCUACCUUUACAAUCAGUUUAUUGCCUGCUCUUAAAUAUGGACUCGGAUUAUGCUGCCUCUUGCCAGAAAACUCAAGCACAAUUACAGACAGACAAGUUCAUUCGGCCACUUGCUACACGACGAGCUGAACAUGAUAAAAUAAGGAAAUCAAUUAAAGAGUCUUGGAACCGAGAAGUGAAGAAAAUGCAAGAAUCCAUCUCAAACUUACGCAAAGCUCAGUCAUUGUUCUACAAAAGCAAACAAGAAAACGAAAAGGCUCGGGAAAUGGCAAAUAAAGCAGAGACCGAGAUGAACAUCCAAGGCAGCAGCAGCACAAUUUCCACCAAAGUGGACAAGCGCAAGAAAAUAGUGGAAGACACAAUGAAUCGGGUUGUGAAGCGAUGGCGCCUUGACUGCCAUUGCUGUUCGUGUGCCUUACAUUUGCAUCGCAUUUUCAAGCACAUUCCUCCAUCUCAAACUUGUACAAACCAGUUAGAACUGGGCAUUGAAAAUGACCCUGACCAGUUCUUGCCGGUGUUGUUGGCUUGCGAAACUGAGAUUUCCUACAGGGCACAUGUUGAUGAAACUAAUGCCAAAAACAAGGAGUUGGACAAAAUAAAGGGUGAUCUUCUAUCAAAAGUCUAUGAACAGAUUUUACUUUGUGAUGAAACAAUAAAAAAUGUAACUGUUGAAUAUUUUGAUUUAUUACACAAUAUGACCGCAAGUGUACCUCUUCAGUUCAAGAGACUCUCUGAAAGCAGUAAGCAAUACACACCAGCCAGUAAAUAUGCGGAAUUUGUGCGUAGAUUGCCAAGCAAUGGUACCCACCAAACAGAAGAAGAGCUGUUUGUAUUCAAACCUUACAUCCCUACCACAAAAUCAUCUGAUGAUAAGAAGACUUAUCUGACCAACAGCCCGUCAUAUUCAUCAGAAGCCCCAUCACAGGAAGGGUCACCAUCGUGUUAUGAUAUUUCUGAUGGAACUCACGGCAAUAGUGGAUCUCGAGGGGUCAAUAUGAAGGACUGGUCUUCAGGAGAUCUUGCUAGUGACUCAGAUAGUUCUCCCUCUGCAGAAUCUUCCCCUCCUGUCAGUCCUCGAGGUCCUAUCGCAUUGCAGACUUCCAAUGUUAAUUCCUUGGAAGACUUGGUACAUGGAGAUGGUGAAGAUUCAGAAUAUAGUCAAACAAAAUCUCAGAAAGUGUCAGACUCUACAUCUAGUAUUAAAUCAACUUUUUUUGGUAAACAUUGUCACACAUUUGGCAUUAAGUUAGAAGACCAUUUGAAGACAUUCAACACUGAUGUUCCCCUUAUUAUCAAAAAAUGUCUCGGUGAAAUUGAAAGAAAAGGGAUCACAAUCAAGGGUAUCUAUCGUGUAUCCGGGGUGAAAUCCAAAGUAGAAAAUUUAUGCAUGCAAUUCGAGGCUGAUCCGGAUGGUGUGGAUCUCGAACAACAACACCCCAAUGUUAUCACUAGUGUCCUUAAGAUGUACCUCAGACAGCUUCCGGAACCUUUACUUACAUUUGAUGCCUAUGGAGGGUUCAUCCAAACUGCCAAAGAAAUUAAUGCAGGUACAAUAUCAGGUGAGAAGAUAAUUGAGAAAUUAAAAGAAUUGAUUGGACAACUUCCACCAGCAAACAGCAAAACUACUUCACUUUUAAUUUCUCACCUUCAGCAAGUAUCCACAGAAUCUGAUGAGAACCAAAUGAAUGCCAGUAAUUUAGGGAUUGUCUUUGGCCCCACCUUACUCCGCCCUUAUGAAGGAACACCUCUGUCAUCUCUGGUCGAUACUUACUACCAAACCAUGUCUGUGGAACUUCUCAUUAAACACGCAGAUGAACUUUUUGGAGAGAAAACAGAAACUGUGAUAAUUCCAUCUCAAGAAAGUACCACAGCUAAAGAAAAACAUGAAAGAGUUCCCUCAACAAAAUCUUCAAAAAAAUCUGGUGGCUCUCAAGAAGAAUCUCCAACACUGGAACAACUGGCGUCAGAGUCAUUCGCUGUGAGCUCUGCUUUGCCUGUAUCUGUUGCUGACAAUGCCUCUACCACCACCACCACUAUUAUUACUACUAGUACUACCACCACUACCACCACUACCAUCAACAAUACCAUCACCACUACUACCACCACCACCUCUACAUCUCCUUUGGCCCAAACUACUACUAUUACUACCACUACCUCACACGAUCCCAUUUCAUCUGCUGCCAUAACGAUGCCUUCAACAGCUGCCAGUAAGACCAAUGUCGAUAGAAUUGAUGGGAAAUUUCAUUUUCCACUUCAGCUGGAAAUACAAGGAGAAAAACUGGAAAAACAACAGCAGCUGCCAGUGCAGCAAGAACGACAACUACAGCAGCAGCAGCAUCAACGUCUCAGACUGCAGCAGCAACAACUACGACAAAAACAAUAUCUGCCACUACAUCACCAUGAAGUUCAUUUAACAGAACCCAAAAGUUUCCAUUUAUCCCCCACAAAUAAACAGAAACCUUAUCAUGAAUCUCCAAAUUUUGACGUCGGAAAGAAAAAUGACCACCGGAAGUUGACAGAAACUCGAUCACUUCCUUUCUUGUUGAGGAGUGAACAAAAAGCAUUGGAUCAGAGAGCUAUUCCGACAUCACAAAAAACUGAUGCUAAAAUCCAUUAUUAUCCAUCUAACCAUUCAGAUGAAGGAGUCCGGCUGACAGCUGCCAGAAGCCUGGACACUGUCACCUCAUUUAACCCAGCUACCACGUCUAAACCUGGCAAGCCGGCAUCGGAGCACAUUGAAGUGCCACUGUCGGCGUUGCGCCACAUCAAGUCACCACCUGUUGUCACGGCAAAAGUGUGCGUGAAGACAACGGCUCUGAAGCCAAACCAGCCACGACACCGAGAAGAAAUUCUUGACCUGUUGCCUGGCAUUUCUCCCAGUUCUGCAUCCAACUCAAAGACAUCGGUACAUCGGACUGUGUCUGCCAAUUCUCCCGUUGUUCUCACUUCCAUCAUACCGAUUGAACCAAAGAUGCAGGCCUCUGAGACUGCACUCACCAACAAACCUACAAGUAGCAAAUCCAGUUCGCCAUCAGUGACUCCUACAGACUCGCUGGACUCCUCAUCGUCGGAAUUACUCAUUCCGCUUGCUCGUUCACCCUCAGAUGAUCGUCAACCACGUUUUGUUUGAAUUUUUUUUUUUUUUUAAAUAUUUAUAAAUAUUUUUAAAGAAAAAAAGACAUCAUAAUAUAAAUAUAAACAAACAAAAAAAUAUAAAUAUAUUA